AUGGCUUUUGAUUUAGGAUUUGUUGUGGUAAUAGUAAGAUCUGACAUAGCUACUGGUGUACGGGGAAGAAAAACGUAUGUCAAGCUUGGAUGUGAAAGAGGGGGAAAAUAUAGGAAAUACAAAGCUGAUGCAGUGGCUAGUGUAUACGGCACUCGUAAAUGUGAAUGUCCGUUUAGAUUAAAGGGUAAACCAUGUUCAGAUGGGGCCGGAUGGGUGUUGAAGGUGAUGUGUGGACAUCACAACCAUGAGUUGGCUGAAACUUUAGUGGGUCACCCUUAUGCUGGCAAGUUAAAUACGAGUGAGAAGUCAUUACUGGUUGAUAUGACAAAGAGUAAAGUUACACCUGCAAAUAUUUUAUUAACACUCAAACAAAAUAAUGAUCGAAAUGUGACAACGAUUAAACAAAUCUACAACGCAAGGCAUGCGUAUAAACGAUCAUUAAGAGGGUCCAGAACUGAACUACAACAACUUAUGAUGUUGUUGGAUCGGGAUAAGUACAUUCACUGGAGUAGAUAUAGACUUCCGUUGCUUGGGAUUGUGGGUAUGACGUCUACAGGGUUAACCUUCUCAGCAGCAUUUGCUUUCUUGUCUACUGAAAGGCAGAGUAAUUUCACAUGGGCUUUGGAAAAGCUGAAAGGUUUAUUUUUAACAUCUGAGGGUGGUCCUAAAGUUAUUGUGACUGACCGAGACUUGGCUUUGAUGAAUGCCAUAUCAAGUGUAUUCCCUGAGUCAUAUCAGAUGUUAUGUCGGUUCCACAUCCUUAAAAAUGUUAAAGCUAAAUGCAAAAUGUUAGUUCAUUCUACUGAGGUUUGGGAAGUGUUGAUGGAUGCAUGGGAAAAUGUGAUGGAUUGUGCUGAUGAAAGCUUGUUUGCUGAGUAUGUGAAUGGUUUUGAAUACGCAAGCAGAUCAUGGCCUUUGUUCUUUGAAUAUGUUAAUCAGAAUUGGAUUAUUCCGUACAGCACAUACUUUGUAAAGUUCUGGACGAACAAAGUAAUGCAUUUAGGGAACACAACCACAAAUAGGGCUGAAUCUGCUCAUUGGAGCCUGAAGAAAGUUCUGGGCAAUAGUAUGGGUGAUUUGUGUUAUUGUUGGGAUAAUAUUCAUAACGUCAUUAUCUUACAACACAACAAGAUUAAGGCGUCAUUUGAAAGUAGUUUGUUGCUCAGGAGUGACUAUUUUAAAGGCUACAUAUAUAGAGAACUUAUUGGGCGUGUGUCUCGAUACAUAAUCAGAUAA